AUUACGUGAAGGCCUCGAUAAGAUUACAGAGUUAAAGCGAGAUCAAGCGUUCUAUUGAAGCUGAUUCAGUGUUUCUCAGUUUGGGAAUAUGGCAGACAUUUGCUGUCUAAUUAUGACUUAUUCGGGUUGUGAUGUUCCUCGUCUAUAUUUAUUGUCCAACCUAAUAUUUUGUUAAACCGGAAAUUGACAGAGUUUGUGUUGGAAAUUUGAAACAAAGCUCGGAUAAAUACAGUCAUGGAAACUAAUGAUGUUAAAAUUUUCCAUCAGUGUGACAUGUGUGAUGAGAUUUUCCAACAAUAUGCUGACUUAGAAAUUCACAAUAAAAUACACAUUAAAGAAGAGAAAACUGACGAUGUAGAUGAAUAUUGUCAUGUUAAAGAGGAGAAAACUGAAGAUGGUGAAACAUUUUAUCAAUGUAAUUUAUGUGAUCAGAAAUUUAAAUGUUACACAGAUUUAGAAAAACACUGUGAAAUACACGUUAAAGAAGAGGAACCUGAUUUACAACAAUUCAGUGAUUGUGAUGACAAAUUGAAAUCAGACUAUGAUUUGGAGAAAUGCAGCAAAAUUCAUGUUGAAGUCGAGGAUACAACAAGACCGGUUUCACCAAAUAAUCAGACUAAAAAGACAACCAAAAGACCUUUUAAAUGUGAUGUUUGUGGUAAAUCAUUCUCUGAGAGUAUUUAUCUACAAAAUCACAUGAAAACUCAUGAGUGUGAUGUUUGUGGUAAAUCAUUCACUGAGAGUAUUUAUCUACAAAAUCACAUGAAAACUCAUGAGUGUGAUGUUUGUAGUAAAUCAUUCACUACUGAUAGUCAACUACAUCAACAUAUGAGAAUUCAUAUUGGAGGAAAACCUUUUAAGUGUGAUGGUUGUGGUAAAUCAUUUACACAAAGGGGUCAUCUAAGGGAACACAUGAAAAUUCAUACCAAAGAAAAGCCUUAUAAAUGUGAUGUUUGUAGUAAAUCAUUCACUCAAAAACGCCAGUUUCAAUCACAUAUAACAAGUCAUACUGGUGUAAAGCCUUAUAAAUGUGAUGUUUGUAGUAAAUCAUAUAAUAGGAACUUUGAUCUUGUUCAUCACACAAGAAUUCAUACCGGUGAAAGGCCUUAUAAAUGUGAUGUUUGUAGUAAAUCAUUUACUCAAAAACGCCACCUUCAAUCACAUAUAAGAAGUCAUAUUGUAGUAAAACCUUAUAAAUGUGAUAUUUGCUGUAAAACAUUUAAAAGGAACAUGGAUCUUGUCCAACACACAAGAAUUCAUAACGGAGAAAACCCUUAUAAAUGUGAUAUUUGCUGUAAAACAUUUAAAAGGAACAUGGAUCUUGUUCAACACACAAGAAUUCAUAACGAAGUAAAACCUUAUAAAUGUGAUGUUUGUAGUAAAUCAUUCGCUAUAAAAGGACAGCUUCAAUCACACACUAGAACUCACACUGGCGAAAAACGUUUUAAAUGCGGCUAUUGUUACAAAUCAUUCAGUCAGAAUUUUAGUCUACAGAACCAUAUGAGAAUUUGCGAUACAUAUUUUGUCCAUUGCUAAUCUAAAAUUAAAAUCUAACGUUUUUGAUUCGCAGUAACUGCGAGUCAUUAGUAUGCCUGUCAUUUUGGAUAUUGACACAAAGAUUUAUCCACAUUUUGAAGACUAGAAGGCUUUCUCAAUACUUUCA